AGACGCCUGAUUGUGGUUCUCGAGGGUUCUAAGCUCCAGGAGCCUGUACCAUCUAUGUCCGAAGAGGAGGAGAGAAACCUAAGAGAGAGCGUCCCAGAGAGGGGUUUUUUCCUUCUGCUGGGUCAGGUCAGCAGGGUUCUUAGAUUACACAGCAAAUCCCCAACUUCAGCACCGCGGACAGCAGCGCCUCCAUCCUUUAGAGCGGCGCAUCUCUUCUGCCUUGACCCCGAAUCCAGUUAAUGGACCUGGGCCGGUAGCUUCCUUCGUUCUUUUGCUUUCAGAGCAGGCGAAGCCAGGGCAGAAAGGUUGUUACAGCAAGAGGAGUACGGUAGGAAAAGAGAAGAAAGAGGAGGAGGAGGAAGAGGAGGAGGAGAAAAAGAAGGCGGAGGAGGGGCCGGGAAAGGGAAUAAGAAGGGAAGUGGGAAGGCUUCCCUUAGCAGGCUCGCCCGGGUCUGCCGAAGGCAGCUGAGUCUUCAGCUCCGGGCUGCGGUGGCGGCGGCUGCUGUGGCUCUCCAGCCAGAAAUGCUUCUCAGUGCUGCGCCGCGCUGAAGCCGAGCAUGCACCGUUGGGCUGCGCUCUGCUCCGCACAUCCUUGAUCUCAGCCUGGGAGCUGACAGCCUACUGGAAACCCCUCUGAGUCGCGCUGCCCAGUGGCCACCAGAGCACUUGCCCGCAGUGGCAACAACAGCAUCAUCAGACCCACAGCUCGCUGGUUCUCUCCUGCAGGCUCAGUGCUUUCCAGAUUCCCCCUAAGCGUCCUUUGGUAUUUUUUUUUUUUUUCACAAGAGAGGGCGGGGUAGGUGUCAGUCCCCUCCUCUCUCUCACCCCUCCUAUUGCUUCUCGGUUUGAAUUUCUUCCCCUGGCAUUUCACUGGCUCGCAGAGCAAGAGACCAGACCCACAGUGAGGAGAAAGCCAGGCUGCGCCUCCCCUGCUGCUGCCAGCCCAGAACUGGAACCUACAGGGGGUGAGGGGAGAGGAAGCGAAGCAGGAGGAGCUUGACUUCCUCUCGCAUCUGAAGACAGACUAGCUCCCUUCAAGAACCUCACGGAGAGACGGACUGCAUCUCCGCAGCAAGCUUUUGGAGUACAGCUGGCCCGGAGGCAGAAAGGAUGGUGAUGCCUCUGAGAGCAGGCUGCAGGGCAGCGCUCUCGCUCUGGAUUCUCAGCAGCUUCAUCUGCAGAGCCUGGACGGCUCCCUCCACGUUUCAAAAAUGUGAUGAGCCUCUCGUGUCUGGGCUCCCGCACGUGUCCUUCAGCAGCUCUUCCUCCCUGGCCAGCAGCUAUUCACCUGGCUAUGCCAAGAUCAACAAACGAGGAGGUGCUGGGGGAUGGUCUCCAUCAGAGAGUGACCACUAUCAAUGGCUUCAGGUUGACUUUGGCAAUCGGAAGCAGAUCAGUGCCAUUGCAACCCAAGGAAGGUACAGCAGUUCUGACUGGGUGACACAAUAUCGAAUGCUCUACAGUGACACGGGGAGAAACUGGAAACCCUAUCAUCAAGAUGGGAACAUCUGGGCCUUUCCUGGAAACGUCAAUUCUGACAGUGUGGUGCGACAUGACCUGCAGCAUGCAGUCAUUGCCCGUUAUGUCCGCAUUGUGCCCCUGGACUGGAACGGAGAAGGCCACAUAGGGCUGCGCGCAGAAGUCUACGGCUGCUCAUACUGGGCUGACGUUAUCAACUUUGAUGGCCAUGUUGUGUUACCAUAUCGAUUCAAAAACAAGAAGAUGAAAACGCUCAAGGAUGUCAUUGCUUUGAAAUUUAAGACCUCUGAAAGUGAAGGAGUCAUCUUGCAUGGUGAAGGACAGCAAGGGGAUUACAUUACUUUGGAACUGAAAAAAGCCAAGCUGGUCCUCAGCUUAAAUCUAGGAAGCAAUCAGCUUGGCCCCAUCUAUGGCCACACGUCUGUGACAUCAGGGAGCCUGCUGGAUGACCACCAUUGGCAUUCUGUAGUCCUUGAGCGCCAGGGACGCAGCAUUAACCUGACCCUGGACCGAAGCAUGCAGCAUUUCCGCACCAAUGGGGAGUUUGACUACCUGGACUUGGACUAUGAGAUAACAUUUGGAGGCAUCCCUUUCUCUGGCAAGCCAAGUUCCAGUAACAGGAAGAAUUUUAAGGGCUGCAUGGAAAGCAUCAACUACAAUGGUGUCAAUAUUACUGAUCUUGCCCGAAGGAAGAAAUUAGAGCCAUCAAAUGUGGGGAAUCUGAGCUUCUCUUGCGUGGAGCCCUACACAGUACCAGUCUUCUUCAAUGCUACAAGCUACCUGGAGGUGCCCGGCAGGCUUAAUCAGGACCUGUUCUCAGUCAGUUUCCAGUUCAGGACUUGGAACCCCAGUGGUCUCCUGCUCUUCAGUCACUUUGCAGAUAACUUGGGGAAUGUGGAGAUUGACCUUGUGGAAAGCAAAGUAGGAGUCCACAUAAACACCACACAGACAAAGACAAGCCAAAUCGACAUCUCCUCAGGCUCUGGGCUGAAUGAUGGGCAGUGGCAUGAGGUUCGCUUCCUGGCCAAGGAAAACUUUGCAGUCCUCACCAUUGAUGGAGAUGAAGCAUCAGCAGUUAGGACCAAUAGUCCUCUUCAAGUGAAGACUGGCGAGAAAUACUUCUUUGGAGGAUUUCUCAAUCACAUGAGCAAUGCCAGUCACUCUGCUCUCCAGCCAUCAUUCCAAGGAUGCAUGCAGCUCAUUCAGGUAGAUGACCAGCUUGUAAAUUUAUAUGAAGUGGCACAGAGGAAGCCAGGAAGCUUUGCGAAUGUCACCAUUGACAUGUGCGCUAUCAUAGACAGAUGUGUGCCCAAUCAUUGUGAGCAUGGUGGGAAGUGCUCGCAAACGUGGGACAGCUUCAAAUGCACUUGUGAUGAGACAGGAUACAGCGGGGCCACCUGCCACAACUCCAUCUACGAGCCCUCCUGCGAAGCAUACAAACACCUUGGUCAGACAUCAAAUUACUACUGGAUAGAUCCUGAUGGCAGUGGACCUCUGGGCCCUCUGAAGGUGUAUUGCAACAUGACAGAGGACAAGGUGUGGACCAUAGUGUCUCAUGACUUACAGAUGCAGACAACAGUGGUAGGCUACAACCCAGACAAGUACUCGGUGACACAGCUCAUCUACAGCGCCUCCAUGGACCAGAUCAGCGCCAUCACCAGCAGCGCUGAGUACUGCGAACAGUAUGUCUCCUACUUCUGCAGGAUGUCCAGGCUGUUGAACACCCCAGACGGAAGUCCUUACACGUGGUGGGUUGGCAAAGCCAACGAGAAGCACUACUACUGGGGAGGCUCGGAGCCCGGGAUUCAGAAGUGUGCCUGCGGCAUCGAACGCAACUGCACAGACCCCAAGUACUACUGCAACUGUGACGCGGACUACAAACAGUGGAGGAAGGAUGCUGGCUUCUUAUCCUACAAAGAUCACCUGCCAGUGAGCCAGGUGGUGGUUGGAGAUACGGACCGGCAAGGCUCAGAGGCUAAGCUGAGCGUGGGGCCCCUGCGCUGCCAAGGAGACAGAAAUUAUUGGAAUGCUGCCUCCUUCCCAAACCCAUCAUCCUACCUACACUUCUCUACCUUCCAAGGGGAGACUAGUGCUGACAUCUCUUUCUACUUCAAGACGUUAAUCCCCCGGGGAGUGUUUCUGGAAAAUCUGGGGAAUACAGACUUCAUCAAGCUGGAGCUGAAGUCUGCCACAGAGGUGUCCUUUUCAUUUGAUGUUGGAAACGGGCCAGUGGAGAUUGUGGUGAGGUCACCCUCUCCCCUCAACGAUGACCAGUGGCAUCGGGUCACUGCAGAGAGGAACGUCAAACAGGCCAGUCUCCAGGUGGAUCGCCUGCCCCAGCAGGUCCGCAAGGCUCCAACUGAAGGUCACACCCGCCUGGAGCUCUACAGCCAGCUGUUUGUUGGUGGAGCUGGGGGCCAGCAGGGCUUCCUGGGAUGCAUUCGCUCCUUGAGGAUGAAUGGAGUGACCCUUGACUUGGAAGAGAGGGCAAAGGUCACAUCUGGGUUCAAAUCUGGAUGCUCAGGCCACUGCACCAGCUAUGGGGCUAACUGUGAAAAUGGAGGCAAGUGCAUCGAGAAAUACCACGGCUACUCCUGUGACUGCUCUCACACAGCCUAUGAUGGGACAUUCUGCAACAAAGAUGUCGGCGCCUUUUUUGAAGAGGGCAUGUGGCUGCGGUACAACUUCCAGGCACCGGUGGUCACUGCCAGAGACACAGGCAGCAGGGCUGAGAAUACGGCAGACCAGCAACAGUUCACUCCAGACCUGGCUCAGGAACAGAUCCACUUCAGCUUCAGCACCACCAAGGCCCCCUGCAUCCUCCUCUACGUCAGCUCCCUCACCACUGACUUCCUAGCUGUGCUGGUCAAGCCCACAGGAAACCUGCAGAUCCAAUACAACCUGGGAGGAACCAGAGAGCCAUACAAUAUCGAUGUAGACCACAGGAACAUGGCCAAUGGACAGCCACACAGCGUCAACAUCACCCGGCAUGAGAAAACCGUAAUUCUCAAGCUCGACCAUUAUCCUGCUGUGGGCUACCAUCUACCAAGCUCCUCUGACACACUCUUCAACUCUCCCAAGUCGCUCUUCCUUGGAAAAGUCAUAGAAACGGGGAAAAUCGACCAAGAAAUUCACAAAUACAAUACACCAGGCUUCACAGGCUGCCUGUCCAGAGUCCAGUUCAACCACAUCGCCCCACUCAAGGCAGCGUUGAGACAGACUAACGCCUCAGCCCACGUGCACAUUCAGGGCGAGCUGGUGGAAUCCAACUGUGGGGCCUCCCCACUGACGCUUUCCCCCAUGUCUUCGGCCACGGACCCUUGGCACCUAGACCACUUGGAUUCAGCCAGUGCCGAUUUCCCAUAUAACCCAGGACAAGGCCAAGCUAUAAGAAAUGGAGUCAACAGAAACUCGGCUAUCAUUGGAGGAGUCAUUGCUGUGGUGAUUUUCACUAUCCUCUGUACCUUGGUCUUUCUCAUCCGGUACAUGUUCCGUCACAAGGGCACCUAUCACACCAACGAGGCCAAGGGAGCAGAAUCAGCUGAGAGCGCAGACGCAGCCAUCAUGAACAAUGACCCCAACUUCACAGAGACCAUUGACGAGAGCAAAAAGGAGUGGCUCAUUUGAGGGGUGGCUCUUCAGCCAUGGGAUGGGGAGGGGGGAGCUGAGGGAGGAAGGAGAGGGCUAAGAGCGCCCUGUGUCAUACCCCUGAGCACACGCUUACAGUAUCAGCACAAGCUGGGGGAAGGCAAGCAACCCAAUAUUCUUAAGACUGACGGCCACACAAAAUAUACUUUUUAAUAUUCCUUUAUAGCUGAGUUCCCUCCUUCCGUAUCAAAACAAAAUAAUACAAAAAUGCUUUUAGAGUUUAAGCAAUGGUUGAACUUUGUAGGUAAUAUCUGUCUUAUUUUGUGUGUGUUUAGAGGUGUUCUAAAAACCCGUGGUAACAGGGCAAGUUUUCUACGUUUUUAAGAGCCCUUAGAACGUGGAUAUUUUUUUCUCAAGAAAAACUGAUACACAUCCACGCAGCCUCAGACAUUCUCUUUCUUUCGCAUCUGGUCGACUUUCAAUGGGCUGUUGUAGCAACUAGUUUGUGUCCAGAUAAUUUUUCUUUUGGUGUCCCAUAAAACAGAAAUGAGGAAAGGGGGCAAAGAGCCGAUCUGGCCGUCUUCUCCAAUGGCACCUCAGUCUGGGCCGGUUUUUCUGAAGGUACCUGUCUGGCAUUAGCCAGAGAAGGAAGAGCGAGAGGCCCCUGUCCUGCAGCAAUGUGACCAACACAAGUGGAGACAAGCACCCACGAGUCCUGCAAAGAAGUGACUAUUGGGCUUACUGCUUUUGUUUUCAUUGACUUCUACAUGCUGCUGUCCCAUGUAUGUAGUCUUAGGCCUGUUUAGUAUCUGUAACUAUCAGCCAUGAUACCUUGGUGACCAACUGUUGUAGGACUUCUCCUCCGUUUUAGUUACAACAUAUCAGAUUGCAUACUUAUAUGCGCCUCCCUGGGGAAUUACAGCCCGAGGGAAUGUUGUCUUUGCUCUGUUUCUUUCAUAUUUAUAACAAAAAAUAUGGACACUUUCUAGUGAAUGCGUAAGUUAGCGUGCUUCUCUUAUUUUGCUUUAAACUUCAAGUUUUUACACGGCUGUGAUAAAAUCCUAGCAGAUAGCAAUCCUCUGGAUGGCACAACACAAUAAAGCCAAAUUACAGCUGCUGGUACUCUGGAAUCAUGUGGGAAACACUGCCAUAUUUUAAACCAACUUGAUCACAGAAACACUGUCAUAUACAGAGAUCUAUAACAGACACAUCAGAAUGUGAAGUCACCACCAACCUGACCAUUGAAUGAAUGCCGCUUCUCUUCAACAGAACACAGUUGUCUAGUAAAUAACACAUCGUAGGCUAAUCAGGAAUCUUGGGUAAUUUGCUCAAAAAAAAAAAAAAACAAAAAACUUCUUGAUUUUAUGUAAAAAUAAUAAGCUUUGUGUAAGUAAAUGGGAAAAGUCCUUCCUAUUGGAACACCCAAAAGAAAUUUAAUCAAUUUAUUUUUUUAAUUACAGAAAAGCUCUCUCUUGAAUGGUUACCAUUUAUAAUUGUAAUAUAUCUGGCGUCUUAUACCUAAAAACUUCUUUUUAAAAAUUUUGUAGACUCCAACAUUUUGAGGAAUUAAAUGUGAUGAUCCUUUCUUUCUCCUCUUAGGACAGUGAGGUUAAAGUGGUAUUGAUGCUAUUUUUCUCAUGGUCUGUCUCAGUAAGCUACAAAUUCUAGUCAGUUGGAAUUUUACACACACACUUUUAAGCUUCUCCAAAUGUUAACUUAUCGGACGAUCCCAGUUUCUUGAGUAAUGGAAAACUCCAUCCUAAGCUGCGUACUGCACCAGUUUAUAGUGCACUACAGAAGCAGGCAAAAGUGGCUUCUUUUCCCCCUCAAAUUAAGGAAACACAAUAAGGAAUCCUGAAGCCCCUUUUCAUUGCAGGCAGACCUCAAAUGGUCCCAUGAAUACCCUUAAUUGUCCAGGCUUGCUCUUCUUCUAUAAAACAUAUUAAAUGGAAAGGUAUUUAAUAGGGCAAACUGUCAGAACAAUGUAGCACUUAUAUAUGAGAACUUCACAUUUGAAAGCAAAGAUCAUUUUACUUCAUCAGGCUACCUGACCAUGGAGCAUUCUUUUCCAUAUUUUCAAACUGAAAAAGCAAUUGUUUUCCAUUAUGGCUUGAAAUUGCUUCUGAUUUUUAAAAACUUAUCGUACAGGUAUUACUUUUGUACUUAACACAUGAGAAUGUCAGAUGGAAAUGUAUGCUUUCUGGCAUUUCCCAAGAUAGCUGUGUUCCUUGUGCGUUACCUCAGCACUUUUCUUCCCCCAAACGAUUAGCAAGCAAAACUGUUAAGGACAGUCCGAAGUCUGAAAGUGCUUCCAUCCUGUGCCUCUCACGCUCCUCUCCCCUUGCUUCUGCCACAGAAGAAAAGAUGAAGGCCAGCCCAUCUCUCACUAGAUAUUAGCAAAGAGAGGGUACUGAGUGACGUCGGUGUCCGUUAGGACACACAGAGAUCGCUGACACUGUGGCUGGCAGACACGCAAAGGUGGGUGACGCUAAUUGCUAAAUGUAGCCCUGAAGUCUUGGCCUCUUCUUGGGGUGUCAUCUAGACUGACAAACAUGGCCAGUCUGUUCUGAACGAUAAACAGCUGCGCAUCUGAAGAAAAAGAAGUAAUUCUCUGUUCCAGUUUCCCCACCCCACCCCUUGACAGUUUGGCGUGACACGGCUCCUCCAGCCACGUCGCGACCCAGGCUUUCUAACCCUAUUCUGUCAUUCAUCCCCACCACAUCUCAACAUUUUCUCUCCGAUACAUCAACCAAGCACAGACUAAUGGAAGGCCUUUUAAGCAAUAAGAAUGUGUAGACCAAACAAAACCCAAGACACUGUGCCAAAGGAAUAAAACAUGAUGGUGCAUGCCUGUAAUCCCAGCAUUCGAGAGACUGGCGCAGGAGGAUGAUGAGUUUAAGGUCAGCCUGGGCUACGUGGCAAGUUCCAGCCAGCCUGAGCUGCCUAGUGAGACCAGUCUCCAAAAAGUUCUAAAUAAAUAAAUGAAGCUUCAGAGAACAUGGGUGGCUGGCCGAGGCUUGUACAUGCAUCUAAAACAUCCUCCGCAUCUAAAACAAGUAUCUGUAUCUUUCAAGAAGCUAAGAAUGGAAGGCUCCAAAUGAAUGCAAAGUUAGUGGCAUUCUAGAGUCCCAAAAUAUUCUCUAGAUCUCACAGAAGCUGACUCAGAACAUCAAAAUUAUUUUAUGGCUGAAUUUUCCCUGGGGCCUUCUUAAUAUCUAAGAGUGUAUUUCCUCAUUGCUGACUACCAAACACUUCAAAAAUAGGAAAAUUUUUAAUUGAAGAUCUGAGAAGCAGAGUUUAGAGGACUUCUGUUAGAAAUUUCCUUAUUGCUCUGCAUCAGAUGAGAAAGCAUUUCUCUCCAAAGGGGCAGGAAUCCAAAGGCAUCAGAGACAGAACCGGCAUGCCCGGUGAGCAGGCUGGGGGGCUGAACAGCUCAGGAGAGCACAGGGUGUGUCCUGUGAGCCAGACACAGACAAAAGCCAUGUACAGCAAAGCGCACUGCAGGGAGAAGCCGCCAGGUACUAGCUCCGACGGUACCAGGGUUAAGCCGUGUCACAGACACACGAACUUCUGCAAUCAGGUCUGUUCUCUUGGCUUCCCCCACAUGUUCCUUUUCUCCCCUCUCCUUGCUGUACCCUUCUCUUCAGGAGAGAACGUUAAUAAUAGUCCUCUUACAUCUCAUGAUUCUAAACAACGCCUGGUUUGAGCUCUUAAUGUUUAUUUAUUUUUUUCCUUUUUAUAUGACUUCAAGCAUUUUUCUUUUAAAGAAAGGCAACAUUUCUACGUUGAGUUUGACUUAUCCAACCAAUAAAAGUCUCUGAAGUACUCUUCCUGGUGAGCCACCUGAUCCUGAAGUAAGUGAGGGAAGGCAGCCCUGCACCCCACUCACAUCUGGCUGAAAACAUAGGGCAUCCAUCUUUGUAGACAGUGUUCUAGCGAGUGUGACUCCUGAGAGCAAGCUGAUAGGGCUCAACAUGCUUAUAGGCAUGGUGACACACAGAUGUAACCCAUCGUUUACAGCCAAGAAAUCAGGGAGUUGAAGGAGUUCAAAGCCAGGCUGGCAACACGAGACUCAAAAGAACAAGCAAAAAAAAUAAUCUCAGGCCAUCAAGACGACGUCUCAGGCAAAAGCACUUGUCAUAUAAACCUAACAAUCUAAAUUCAAUGCAUGGAUCUUUAUAGUGGAAGGAAAGAACUCACUCUCAAGAGUUGUCCUCUGACCCCUACACACACACACACACACACACACACACACUCACACACACACACUCACACACACACACACCCUUUCUCCUUCCUAGACUCACUAUAUGAUGCUGGCCAUGCCCUUGAAUUCCUGCUUAUCCUUCUCUAGUGUUUAAAUAGAGCUCCCUUACCUACUUCAAAAGGCAAUUAUGAGCACAAUGGAUUCUUGACUUGAACACACUGAAGCCCAAAUAUAAAGUCCAAAGUCAAAGGCACCUCCCAAAAUGCUGAGUUGGCUUGUGGCUGCAAGCUGCACUUAAAAGGUACUUUACAGACAACGCAUCUGUGCACAUGAACGUGGAAACCUCUGGCCACUGCUGGCCACUGCUGGCUUACGAAUCAGAGAGAGCUCCAGGGGGCAAGGCUGUCAACACAGGGCGGUGGAACCCGAUGGAAACCUAGAGAGACUGGAACUUUUAUUGUAAAUUCCCGAAUCCUGAUCUGGGCAUGACUUGUUGCUCACAGUAUAUGCGGUUUCACACCGCCAGUAAAUAUUAUUAAACGGGGUUAGACACAGUUAGUGCAUUUCCGUGAAAAUGGUAGUUUCAUGGAAGCCCUGUACCUCUCCACUAUAGUCACUCUCCGUGUUGAUAUCAGAAACGUUUCUUUCACCACAGUAUUUUUUUUUCUCUCCCACUCACUUCGAAUGGUCUAUAGAAUCACUGUCAAUAAAACAGAGAAGUGACGUCCAAACGUUGAGUAAAGACCGGAGGAGGGUAAUAAAGAUAGAAAUGGGCACACGUGUGUUCGCAUCCCACGCUCAUUCACAGGUUUCUGUCCCAGAUGGGAAUGUGCUGCUAAGACAGUUCACCCAGUUUCCCGGGCUCAGCUGGCUUACAUUACGUGGGUGCUGGCUUCUGAGAAGGUUGUGGAUGGCUGUGAAGGUGUGACAGUUCCUCCUGAGUAGGCCAAGACACUGUUCCGGAUGUCACCAACUCUCAGUUUUGCUUUCUUGGGUUCUUUUCACUUGGUAAGCCCGUGGUGACCAGGAGGUCAGCACUGGGAAAGCUGGGCUAAGAAUUCUUCCUGUAAGUCAGUUAGGACUCCAUCCCUGCGAAACAAUGCGAAAUUUCACUCUCUAAAAGCAACAGCAUGUAAACUAGAAUGAAAGAAGGAAAUUAUGUAUGUAUGCCUAUUAUUCUUUUGUGAAUGUCUUUCAUUUACCUAAAAUUAUAUUAGAAACCAGAUUGAUAAAUAAAAGAUUCAAAAUAGUUUUAAUAUCCUAAAA